AUGGCUGCUUCUAAAUUAAAAAGAGGAGCUGAAUCGCCUUUAAACGGUCAAGUACACAAAAGACCAGCCAAAGGUGAUUAUGAAAGCGACCCAAGUGAACAUACCAGCGAUGAUGAAGAUUAUCAAUCAGAUGGUACUGCCAGUCAACUGCCUUUAUUCGACAUCCCAGUUUCUAACAGCAACAAGUGGCAAGAGACAAUAACCAAAGUUGUCAACUCCGUGGUCUCCAUUCAUUUCUCCCACGUUGCCCCAUUUGAUACCGAAACUGCUAUUGUCAGUGAGGCAACUGGGUUUAUUGUCGAUGACGUAAAAGGUUUGAUUCUUACCAAUAGACAUGUGGUCGGACCAGGUCCGUUCACAGGAUACAUUGUCUUUGAUAAUCAUGAAUCAGUAGAUGUCAAGCCUAUUUACAGAGACCCCAUCCAUGAUUUCGGGUUCUUGAAAUUCGACCCUAGUGAAGUUAAAUACCAACAGCUUAGUCGUCUUACAUUAGAACCAGAAUUGGCCAAAGUUGGAACUGAAAUCAGAGUUGUUGGUAAUGAUGCCGGGGAAAAAUUGUCCAUUUUGGCAGGUAUCAUUUCUAGAUUGGAUAGAAAUGCUCCCGAGUAUGGUUCUUUGACUUAUAACGAUUUCAAUACUGAAUAUAUACAGGCAGCUGCUUCUGCCACUGGUGGAUCCUCUGGGUCUCCAGUUGUCAAUGAAGAUGGACAAUGUGUUGCAUUACAGGCAGGUGGUUCCACUGAAGCAUCCACAGAUUUCUUUUUGCCGGUUUACAGACCAUUACGUGCCUUACAGUGCAUUCAAAAUGACAAGUCAAUUACAAGAGGUGAUAUCCAAGUUGAAUGGCAGUUGAAGCCCUUUAAUGAAUGUACCAGAUUAGGAUUGACAGCUGAAGCACAAGCAAAGGCAAGAGAAUUGUUCCCAAACAAGAUUGGUUUAUUAGUUGCUGAAUUAGUAUUGCCCGAAGGUCCAGCUGAUGGAGCUAUCAAAGAAGGUGAUGCCUUGAUUUCUAUCAACGGAGAACAUAUCUCUACUUUUAUUCGUGUUGAUGAAAUCUUGGAUGAAAAUGUUGGCAAGGAAUUAGAAUUUGUUAUUCAAAGAGGUGGAGUUGAAAUCAAGCAAAUGAUCAAGGUUGGUAACCUUCAUGACAUCACUCCCAACACAUUUGUCACAGUUUCAGGUGCUACAUUUAACAACUUGUCUUACCAAAUAGCAAGAUGUUUCUGUUUACCUGUCAAGGGUGUUUAUGUCAAUAACGCCUCUGGUUCUUUUGAAUUUUCUAAUCAAGAUCCAACUGGUUGGUUGUUGGAAACCGUGGAUGAUAAGCUAGUUGAAAACUUGAAUGAAUUUGUCGAAGUUAUGAAGAAUAUCCCUGAUUGUGCUAGAGUACCGAUUACUUAUAGACAUGUUUCCGAUAUGCAUUCAGAAUAUGUUCAAACUAUUUAUGUUGACAGACAUUGGGCCACAUCCUUCAAGAAAGCUGUACGUAAUGAUGAAACUGGAUUGUGGGAUUUUACUACCCUUCAAGAAAAACCUUUGGAUCCUAUCCCAUCUCAACCACAAAAUGCCAAAUAUAUUGACAUCCCGUUCAGUGAUGAUAAGAAGAAGGGUUGUUCUGGUUUAGUGAGAUCUUUUGUUCAAGUACGAACCAUAUCACCCAGCACUGUUGAUUCUCACCCUUUCAAGAAGGAAAUCUGUUAUGGGGUAGUCAUUGACUCAACUAAUGGGUUUGUUUUAGUGUCGAGAAGAUUUGUGCCUCAUGAUAUGUGUGACAUCUUUGUUAUAUUUGCUGAAUCUAUUGAUGUCCCAGGGAAAGUUGUGUUUAUGCACCCUCAUCUCAACUAUGUCAUAAUCAAGUAUGAUCCCUCUUUAGUAUUGGCUGAUGUCAAGACUCCUACAUUUGCAACCAAGCCAUUGAAGAGAGGCGACAAGUCUUUCUUUAUCGGGUACAACUAUAAUCUCAGAUUAGUCACUGAAGAUGUCAAAGUUAGUGCCGUUUCAUCAUUGAAUGUUACUGCCAACUCUAUGGCUCCACGUUAUAGAGGAACCAAUUUGGAAUGUGUGUUGUUGGAUAGUAAAGUCACUGUUGAAUGUGAUGCUGGUGUAUUAGCUGAUAAUGACGGUACCGUUCGUGCAUUUUGGUUGACCUAUUUAGGUGAAGCCAAUGAUCAAAUGUACAAAAUGGGAUUGGACGUUACUGAUGUCCGUCAAGUUAUUGACUCAUUACAAGCCAACAAGAUUCCAAAACAUUUAAGAAUACUCGAAGCUGAAUUUGCUUCCAUCACUGUAUUUCAAGGAAGAACCAGAGGUGUUUCCCAAAGUUGGAUAAACAAAUUCGAAGAUGAAUCAGAAGAUCAAAUUAAGUUUUUGGCAGUAGACAGAGUGGCUGCACCAAGUUUACAUAGCAAGCAUAGUCCGUUGAAAACUGGUGAUAUUGUUCUUUCUGUAAAUGGUAGGAUUGUCAAGAGCAUGAGAGAUUUUGGUGAUAUGUAUGAACAAGAAAGUUUAGAGUUUAGAAUUGUUAGACAAAAGAAGGAAAUGGUUUUACAAGUGCCAACCAUUGACACCACAUCACUUGAUACGUCUCAUCUUGUCAAUUGGUCCGGUGCCCUUCUUCAAACUCCUCAUUAUGGAGUAAGACAAUUAAUGAAGACUAUCCCAUCAGAAGUUUAUGUCAUUGAAAAGGCGCCUGGUGGACCAGCACAUCAAUAUGGUAUCACCCCUAUUGCAUUCAUCACUCAUGUCAAUGAUCAAGAAACUAAAGAUCUUAACUCGUUUGUUAAGGUUGUUAGAGAUAUCCCUGACAAUACAUUUGUCAAAUUGAGAAUGGUAACAUUUGAUAAUAUUCCAGUUGCUAUAACUUUAAAGACAGAUUAUCAUUACUUCCCAACAAGUGAAAUCAAAAAAUCUCCAGAAACUGGAAAAUGGGUUGAAGUAGAAUAUAAUAAAUAG